AUGGACAGCAACUCCCAGAUUCACCUGAGGAUAUUAGAACAAAGAGGACACGAGAUAAGCAAAGCAGAUUUAAAUAAAGGAAAAACUGAAGAAACUGAGCAAAUGAUGACAGAUGAAGAAAUAUUUGAAGAGGUAAAAGAAGAGGAAAGCCUUACAGAAAUAUUGGGGCCACCAAACACUACUGCGAAAAUAAAACCAGAUACGGCGUUCAAUUGUAUCAAUACGUGUAUAACAUGGGCUGAAGAAAAUGGUGUAUCCGCCAAGGAUGUUAUAGUCCUUCGAAACAUUCGAGAAAAAGUUUUUAAACAAAAACUACAAGUUGCAAAAAAAGCAGAUCUUAAUUAA